AUGGGAUUCCAUGAUAUAUCUUUAUAUCUAAUCCAACGCCAACCAGGCCUUGCUUUUGCGGUAGGACACCAGAAUGAAAUUCUACCACACGGUGACGAUGAGCCACUUGAAACCUCAGAUCAGCACAAGGUGUUAGAAAAGAAUUCACAAACCAAAGAAGCUAGAGCUCAAGUUAAGGAUUUCGGCGAUAAGGGGAGACAAAUACAGUUGGCUUCAUUGGGAAUAUUGAAAUUGGCUCUUAUUAGGGAAGGCUAUUUAUCAAGGGAUCAAAGGAGUACUUCGGAGGACAAUGGAAAAAUUGGUUACCGGUUUGCAAUACCAGAUUGUAUUGACCGUGUUCGAGACCUAAAGUUAAGCCACGAGCGUGCCAGCCAGUUCGUUGAUCAUUGUUUAAAAGCAUUAGUCAAGUAUGAUGCAGAGCAGCAGAAAAAGUACUUUGGCGACCACAAGAUCCUGAAAGCUGCUGCGAAGUACGAAAGUGUCGAAAUUGUGACAAAAUCUCUUCAUUAUUUCCCACACCUGAUUUUCUCCAAAUAUGGUGGAAAAUUACUAAAAAUGGCAAUUAAAUGGCGGCAAGAAAAUAUUUUCAAUCUUGCUCUUAACGGAACCGCACUUGAUAAGAUGUUGGUUGCCUCGUGUUACAGAGAAGGGCAUAUUUUAUUUUUAGCAGCAGAGCUACCAAAAAAUCCUCAACUCUUAGAUUGUUCUACUUCUGGUGCUGCUUUACAAAUGCGGAGAGAGAGAUGCAGUGAUAAUGCGUUGAUCUGGCAGGCGGUAGAGGAUAUUGCACAUCCGAGCACGAGGAAAAUGGCUUUUAAUAUGUUCUCGGACAAACACAAUAAAAUGUGUCAGAAUGCAGAAAAAUGGAUGAAGGAUACCUCAGAUUCAAGCAUGCUUGUUUCUACUCUCAUUGCUACAGUGGUGUUUACCGCAGCUUUUACAGUUCCUGGAGGAAACAAUGAAAAAGGAACUCCAACUUUCCUCAACGAGACAUCAUUUAUGGUCGGGAGGAGACGUUUUGGGUAUCAUCAAGCAGCUGAAGUCAGUGAAAGUGAACCUGCCAUCUUUUUGGAUUAUUCAUAG